AUUGGCUUCCACUUCUUGCAUCGAUCAAACUACAAAAAUCACCUGAAAGUAUUCGAAAAAUACAAAAAAGCUUUCUAAGUAAGAUCAGAAAUGGCUCAGACAUCUCAGCUUGCAGUAAAGGCAGAUAUCAAAUCUUCCCCUGAAAAAUUCUAUAAUUUCUUGAUACAUAAUGCCUCCCAACUCCCCACAAUUCUUCCUCAUAUCGUGCAAAAGGCUGAAGUAGUCCAAGGCCAGGAAGGCCAGCCCGGAAGUGUCAUGCACAUUAAAUAUCUAGUCGGGGACAAGCCGGGGAGCGCGAAGUUUCAGACCCAAAAGGUGGAUGGCGUGAACAAGAUCAUAAUAUUCGUGGCUGUCGAGGGAGAGAUACUCGGGUUUUAUGUGACCUUCGCGGUCGAGAUUGUGAUUGGUAAGAAUCAAGUGCAGUGGAACUUUAACUACGAGAAAGCGAACGAUUCUGUCCCGGAUCCCGACAUGUAUGCAAACCUUGCGGUUGCAGCCACCAAAGCAUUGGAUGUUUAUCUUCUCGUCAACUGAGCUGAUGAGGUGAAAUAAUAAUCGUAAGAACAUUAAUGUCGCAGGACAUAUAUAUGUAAGAAAUUAGAGGCUCACAAAGUAAUAGAUAUAUACGUACGUAUGUACGUGCGUGUAUACAUAUACACACACAUACGUGCAUGUGUGUGUGCGUUUGUAUUAUAUUAUAUAUAUAUAAGUAUGCAAUAAAGGAAGUGUGUCUCGACUGUUCUAACUAGUUAGUCCUGCACUUGAUGUUGGAACGACGACCACUUUAUUUUAUGUCAUAUAUAAUAAACAAUCUUAGCUUGUA